GGUCGCCGCAAAGGCCGAAUCCCAAAAAACGUUCAACUCUCUUCACUCAGCGCCAACCCGCCUCCGUCCCUUUCCCUCCGCCGCUCAGCCGAACAAAAAUUCUUCCCGUUCUCAAAGUUCCCGAAAAGCAGCGCAAGUAGCCAAAAGCUCCCUUCCGACGGAUACCCUGUAAUCAUGCUGGCAAAGGUAAAAUCGGAGGGCAACUUGGAAGCAGCAGCAGCAGCCGGAGGCAGGGGAGAAGGAACAGCAAUCGGCGGGCAAAAUAGUAUCAGCCGCCGCAUUCCGGAGGAAGUAGCAGUAGAUGAGAAGAAGCCUUCGACUUCUAAACCGGGCAUUAUGAUUGCCGAGGACCCAGAUGGAGUUCUCGUCGACGUCGUGUCUUUUGCCGCCAUUUCUGCUGCUCCUGCUCCCCCGCCGCCAAACAAGGCUGAUUUGGACGCCACCGAGCACUCCAGUUCGUUCGCGGACUCGCUCUCUGACACGGAUAAAUGCUUCUUUGGCAACAGCGAAGGGGAAGUGCAGUCGGAGUUUUUCGGCGGUGGCGAUAUUGCUUCUCCGUUCGAUGCUUUCAGUAGCUUGUUCUACUCCAGGAAGAAAAAGGUAUCGAAUCACUGGAGGAACUUCAUACGGCCCCUCAUGUGGCGUUGCAAGUGGGCAGAGCUCAAAAUCAAGGAGAUUGAGUCUCAACACAUGAAGUAUUCUGGGGAACUCGCAGCCUAUGAACAAAGAAAACAAUCAGGAGUCUAUCAGUCAAUUCCUGAAGGUUCCUGUGCAAAAUCUCUGCCAUUUUUGAAUGCAUGUUACAGAAGGAAGUCCAAGAAGAGGCGAAAGAGAAAGAGAGUCGAGGGCUCAAUGGAUAUACUAUCAUCGUCGUCUUUCUUGCCUGAUCAUCCCAUUUUUUCUUACUUUGAAAGCAAGAGAGCUACUGCAGAUGGAGCUUCUGUGGUUGACGAAUUCGAUCCUAUAGCAUCCACAGACGCACCACGUCCCGACGCCAAAGACCAAUUGGUGGACACCAGCGUCGAGCUGCCAUUUGCAUUCGGAGACUCCGACGCCUAUCUGGAGAUCAUCCUGCUGAAAAUCGAAUCAGUGCACUCUCACGUCCACAAGUUGAAGGACCAGCUCGAUUCAGUGAUAACAAACAAUGCCGCCAAGUUCUCUUCAUGGGACAACCUCUGCCUUCUAGCGCCUUGUGGCGACGAAGGGCAGACGAGCUCAGCUCCCAGCCCCGUGUUGUCGGUUGGUGGGUUCGAUGGCGAGACGAUGUCUCCCUGUGGUGGUAGGUAUACGGAGGGAAAUCAGCCUGGUUAUGAUAUGAGCGAGCUGGUUCUGCCUGGGAGUGCAGUGUCGAGUUUCGGAGAGGCGGUCCAUGUUCCUGAUGUAAUUGAGAGCACGGUGGGGAUGUUGGCUGAUGCUGAAGUAACGUUCCAUGAGCCCCAGAUUGAGCAUCCUUGUGAAAAUGUGCUGGAAAAUGUCCUGAUAAAAAAUGAAGCAGAUGCUUUCAUGGGGACGACGACGAUGACGACGACAAAUUGUAAGCUGAAAGAAGAGGAGCAUCAUCAUCAUCCUCGCAGCGAAGCGAUUGAGAAAGGCCACAAACCAACAGCAGAAGAGGAAGAAGAGAUCACGAAUGGACAUCAAGCUUUAAUAACCACCUCGAAGACCGAUGAAUUGGCUACAGAAGGGGAAUCGUCAACGGUGGCGACUCUGAAAUCAUGCUUAGCGUUAGAGGUGCAGAUCCCUACGAACAAGAGGAAGCGAGGGGAGCGUAAAGCCGGCCCCGGAACUGGCGGCUGGAACAAGAAAUCCUCAGGUGAUGAUGAUGCUCCCCCUAACUAGCUACUGUUCAUGCUGUAGUUCAUCUAUGUCCUCGAUGAAUCCUUUCUUAUCAAGAACAUCAUGGUUUUCGCACAGUUCUUAGUUUCACGCCUUUUAUUUUUCCUCUUCUACUGCCCGAGAUCGUGGUGGUUUUGACCGCUGGCGAUGGAUAGAAACUGUUACUGCCGCUGUGGAGAAAUCGGUAGAACUGACUCGCCGCUGGAUUCUUGUCGCGGUAGGAUCGUCGAACUC